AUGCGGCAUUGCAUCAAUGGGCUGCGCCACCGGUCAUGGGAACAAACAAGCAUCGAUGUGCGACCGAGCUCAACAGUUCGGGUUAAUCAGGAUGCUCAUCAAGGGUGGUCAGAACGUAGAAUAAUCCCAGACGAUGAUGCAACUGCACGCGAAGCGACAGGUAUUCAGGUAAAUGAAUCGCGCCUCCUGGGUGGGGGAUGCUGGAGUGAGCGAGUUUCGAGCACCUCUGUGGUUCAUGCAACGGCUUGGCAAUGUUCCAGGCUGUUUGGCGAUGGCGAAGCGAGCGUGAUCAAAAACAGCAAUGCGCAGAGCGACGAGCACAAAGCGCAACGGCAGGCGAGGGACGCGCCGGGUCAGCUAAAUUUGGAGUGGUGUUCUUGUCGGCCCAUUGGCCCUGGCGCAGAGCGUUCCCUUCACCAGCUUGGAAACGUCGCGCAGGGAAGCGCGGGCUGGCGGGACAUUCAGGGUGCAGAGAACCAGACACCACGAGCGUCUAGACCAUUCACGGCCAACGAUCCGAAGGGUGCCAGCGAGCAAGCUGCGCCGCCUUGUGUGACCUCACGACGGCAUUCCAGAACGACUUGCGGGGCUAGAGAGGGAAAUGAUGUGCGCGCAAGCAGGGACAGCCGGCCUCCAGCCCACCCACCAGCCGGCGCUCAACCAUGCUGCUGGCCGGCGACUGCGCCUAGCUCGCCCUCGACAAGCGGGCAGCUUCGAGGCGUCGAGCGUCGAGGCGUCGAGCAAGAAAGCCGUCGGGAUUCCACACUCGACAGCGCAUCGUGUCGGGUUUCGUUCAGAAGGCUGGUGACGAGUGCGGUUAGAGGGCUGGUCGAGCAUGCAUUCCCCUGGCUACGGGAGAAAGCAGCGGUCAGGGCGAGAGGCUUGGGUCACGCAGGCUAG